AUGUAAAUAAAUAAAGAAUAGAUUGAAUAAUAUCAUAAUUAAUGUUAUAAAGAAUAAUAGAGAAAGAAGAAAUAUAUUUUAAUAAUUGAAAUUUUAGAUAUAAGUAAUAUAAUUAUCAAAAUAUUUUAUAGUUAGAUAAGAUUUUUCUUAAAUGGAAACUGAAAACAAUUAAAAAAUGAAUUUCUAAGAGUAUGUGAAGUGGGCAUUCGAGGAAAACAAAAACACUAUGCAAAAUUAGAAAUAGGAAGAAUUAUUAUUUUAAAGUCUUAAUUCAAUAGAUGGAGAUGAUAUGGGUGAUGUGAUUUGGCUGUUUAGGAAGUGUUCAACUAAAAAUUAGUUAGAUAAUUAGAAUACAUUAUUUUUAGAAAAAAUGUAUAUUUUGAAUCACAUUAUAAAUUUUCUAUUAACAAUUAUACAUUAUAGCAAAUCAACUUAAUAGGUUAUUACAAAAUUGAUGAGGUCUAUAGGAAUUAUUAUUAAAUAAGUAGAAUUACAACUUUUUCAUUUAGAAGAUAAAGAACUUUUAUCAAUAGUAUAUGAGAGGGAAAAAAUAUAAAGAUUGGAAGAAAUUAAUAAAUAAGAUUUUAGAAUUCUAUUCUAAAUUAUAUUUGAAUUAAAAGAAAUAUCUGAAGAAUAAUAUAAAAAUAUAAGUGAUCUUAGUAUAUUCUUUAGUGAAAAGGAUAAGGGAACAGAAUCCUCGCCUUCAUCAUUAAAAUAAAAUUUUGGAGUUAUUAUGGCUUAAAUAAAUCAAUCCAAAGAAAUUGAUUUAAUUAAAAUAGAAUAAACUAAAUAAUAGGAAAAAAAAUAAAAACUAAAAAAGCCAAAUGAAUAAUAACUGAUUAAAAAUUAAUAACAAUAAAUUAAACUUUGUAAAGUGAUUUAUGGUUAAAAUACAAAAAAAAUAAUUUUACUUGAAAAUGGAUCUAUGUAAGAAUAUAUAAUUAAUAAUUAAUAGAGUGACUGGAAAUAUUUGGAUAUCUUAUUAAGAUUAAUAUUUAAUUCCCCUUUCAGUUAGUUUAUAUACUCAUGUUGAAUAUUUUAAUUAAGGAAUUGAACAUAUGAAUGAAGAUUAAUUAUUCAGAAAAGAUGUUGUAUUAUCUUAUUUAGGCCCUGUUAAUAAUCAUUUUAAUCCAAAUGUUAGCAAAGCAUAAUAUGAAUUGAAUAUUUUAGGAAAAUUAACUUAAAAUAGAGAAGGAUAAAAUUAUCAAUAUGAAGGGUGUUUUAAUGAUGGAUUUUUUGAUGGUUAAGGGAAAUUAUACAUUGCAAAUAAUUUAUAAUAUAAAGGUGAAUAUAGGGUAGGGAUGAAACAUGGAGAAGGAAUAGAAUUAUAUCAUAAAGAUUAUUAUUUGGAAGGAAAUUAUGAAUGUGGUAGAAAAAAUGGAGUAUUUAGAUUAACAUAAAAAAUUGCUGAUAAAAUUUGGUAGGUAAAACAAUAAGAACCUUAAAAAUUAUAUAAGAAUGGAAUAGAGGUGAAUAAUCAGAAUUAGGGAUAUUAAUUUGAGUUAAAAAAAAAGUCAAGUCUUGCCCCAAGUCGUAUUCUUUUGAAUUAUGGAGAAUAUGGGAUAAAUAAUUUUUAACUUAAGUCUUUGUAACCUGGAAGAUGGCUUAAUUCCAGUAUCAUAGAUAUUGUAAUUGGGUAAAUUUUAAUUUUAAGGUUUAAAAUCAUGGAUAAAAUUAACAAUGAUUAUAAUACAGUCUUUAUCAACUGCAACUUAUUUUAAGAUAUAUUUGGUAGUUUAGUAACCAAGGGCGAUGGCAUAUAAACUUAGUAAAUUAUAUAUAUUAUUCUUAUAAGAAUUUUUCAGUAAAUAAUUGAUAGUCAAAAAAAGUAGAAUAAAACAUUUAGGUUUGUUUUUUACUUUAAUUUAGACAGAGGUCAUUUUUUAUCAGUAGUUUAUGAAAAUAAAAAAUUAUAUUUAAUAGAUUCAAUGAAAGACAAAAAAGAAAAUUUAUUGUAUUAAAUGAAGAAAUUGUUGAAUUCCUUUAAUUUUUAAGUUGAAGGUGAUUGGUAAGAUUUUUAAGUAAGUUAAUAAAAUAAUUCAUAUGAUUGCGGGGUUUAUACUAUCUAUUAUAUAUCUUAAAUAAUUAAGAAUAUCGAUUAAAGUAUUCCUAAGAUGAUUUAAAAUAAAUGUUUUAAUGUUGAACAAUCAAGAAUUAAUUAUGUAAGAUAUCUUCUUGCUAACAAUUUCCUCCAAUUUGGAAUAGAACUAUUAUAAAUUUGA